CCUCACCUUCCCUCCUUCACCUUUUCCUAUUCCCCUUCCCUUACCAGCUGUGUUACCUUCUGUGUUUGAGGCACAGUCUAGUCCUAAAGGAACAUCCUGUUUCGCUCACAACAAAAGAAAAUAAAAGACAAAUAUGCCUGUCACGCUUACAGUUGCAAAGCACGGGGCAGAGCAGUGGAGGGCGGCAAAGGCCACCACCGCGGAGGAAUUGCUCAAAGGAACAUCUGCGAGAGAUUACAGACGCUCCAAGAGACUGGUCCAAAGUUCUUUCGAUGAGAACCAGGUCGACGGGACGCACAUCCUACAGGAAAACCAUAUCUCACCAUCAGAAAAUGGCCUGGUCCGGGCAGUCUGGGCGGCCUACAGCAAUCAUCAUCAUCUUAUUAUCCGUCCCGAAGAUGUCUGGUUCGCCAUCCUAUCCCAACUCGGCUUCUACGUCAACGCACACGCGGAAGAACUAAGAUCGUACUUUGUUUCACAUGAGGGACAGAAAGAGCUGAUAGUCAAGAGUACGGUAGCAGACUUUGGGCGUCUGGCAGUCGCGAUGACAGAGCAGAUCCAGGCAAACGUCAAGGACCCUGAGCUGCGGGAAUGGAUCAUGCCUGCAUUCAGCACAACUACCCCAUCUGACACAAUAGUGUCUGCCAUUCUGAUGAUGGGCGCCAUGCAGAAAUACUUCUCCUAUACCAUGAUGCUCAUGUGCGGUAUCCCCACCGUGACGUUGCUCGGCGAGCGGGAGGACUGGGCCGUAUUACUAUCAAAACUUGACAAGAUUCCUGAGUUGGGGGAGGAACCGACACAAUUUGCAACCCUUCUCCGGCCGGUUCUGGAGCACUUCAUCGCAUCGUUUGAUAGUCCGUCUUCCCUCAGUGUGCUCGACUUCUGGGGAAGGUCUGUCCAUCACCAAGGCGGCGGUAGUGGCCCUUCCUAUUUGUCCGGCUGGGUCACAGCAUUUUGCUUUUGGAAUGCUAGUGGCGAGCCCCUCUAUCAUAAGGACUCGGUGGGCCAAGGUCACGGCUGUAAUCUCGAUGGUGUCGGGUAUCACCGUGUGGACACAGAUUCGAUUCCUUCUGGUUUCAACACUGUUCCCGUCAACGUUAACGACAACGGCCAUGAAUAUCACACCGUAAUGGUCGCCGGUCUGGUCGGAAUCCAAGCCUCAACAGGACCAAGUGCUGAGAGCCCGAACAAGGAAGCUGGAUCUUUGAACACUAUUCAACCGGUAGCAGGAUGGUGGAUGUAUGAGAUCGACUCAGCAGCGGAGGAAGCACGGCAGAAGGAGAAACGUGACCUUCAAGCCGAAAUGGACACUAUAAAGAUGCAUGCCGAUUGGCAUAGUGAUACCAAGCUCAGCGAUCGUUAUUGGACGCUGUGCAGCAUGCAUCAGAAAUUAGAAGUGUUCUGAGGUCUAUGCGGUUAGACCUUUUAUCACAAAGGAUACUGCACCACGGAAAGGUGUACCCGGAAGCUUUCAUUAAACCACAGUAUGAAAACUGCUACUUGCUCCUGUAUGUAGUUAUCAAUAAAACAGAUUGAUCUUGCUCGGUUGUCUUGGAUUGCUCUACAAUAUGUUCCUAUGAUAAAUCGCCAAUACUGAGCGUGGUGGCUGUACUUUUAGAGCGUGGUUAGUAUUAAAGGGCCGUAGGAAAGCUUUCGUCUAUCGUUUGCGAUGUAGUCGCUACAGGAUCCCAGUUGGUAGUGUGACUUGGUACAAGAUACAUAGUGUAUGCAUUGAGAUGUUUCAACGCUGCACUCACGGAUUUCAGUGGCUACGACGCAAGUUCAAACAAUAUGUAUAGCAUUGAAGGGUGUUC